GUUUUUCUUCUUUCAUUAAUAUUCUAAUUAUAUAUUUCUUACAUUAAUAUAAUAUCAUAAAUAAUGUCUAAAGGUAAAGUUUGUUUGGCCUACUCUGGUGGUUUAGAUACUUCUGUUAUCUUAGCUUGGUUAUUGGAACAAGGUUAUGAAGUUAUCGCUUUCUUAGCUAACAUUGGUCAAGAAGAAGAUUUUGAAGCUGCUGAAAAAAAGGCAUUGGCCAUUGGUGCUACCAAGUUUGUUGUUGUUGAUGUUAGAAAAGAGUUUGUUGAAAAAGUUUGUUUCCCAGCCAUCCAAGCUAAUGCUGUUUAUGAAAAUGUUUACUUAUUAGGUACCUCAUUGGCUAGACCAGUGAUUGCCCAAGCUCAAAUCAAGGUUGCUGAAGAAAAUGGUUGUUUUGCUGUUUCUCAUGGUUGUACUGGUAAAGGUAAUGAUCAAGUUAGAUUUGAAUUAUCGUUUUACGCUUUAAAACCAGAUGUUGUUGUCAUUGCUCCAUGGAGAGACCCAGAAUUUUUCAACAGAUUUGCUGGUAGAAAUGAUUUAUUGGAAUAUGCUUCUUCUAAAGAUAUUCCAGUUGCUCAAACCAAGGCCAAACCAUGGUCUACUGAUGAAAACUUGGCUCAUAUUUCUUUCGAAGCUGGUAUUUUAGAAAAUCCAGAUACCACUCCUCCAAAAGAUAUGUGGAAAUUAACUGUUGAUCCAACUGACGCUCCUAACACCCCAGAAGAUUUCUCAGUCGUUUUCGAACAAGGUUUACCAGUUAAAUUAGUCUUGGCUGGUGGUAAAACUAUUACCGAUCCUGUUGACUUAUUCCUUGAAGCCAAUGCUUUAGCUAGAAGACACGGGGUUGGUAGAAUCGAUAUUGUUGAAAACAGAUUCAUCGGUAUUAAAUCUAGAGGUUGUUACGAAACCCCAGGUUUAACCAUCUUGAGAUAUGCUCACAUUGAUUUAGAAGGUUUAACCUUAGAUCGUGAAGUUAGAGCCAUCAGAGAUCAAUUUGUUACUCCAAGUUAUGCCAAACAGUUAUACAAUGGUAUGUACUUCACCCCUGAAUGUGAAUAUGUCAGAGCUAUGAUUCCACCAUCUCAAAAAACUGUUAAUGGUGUUGUCAGAGCCAGAGUUUACAAAGGUAACUUCAUUGUCUUGGGUAGAUCUUCUGACACUGAAAAAUUAUAUGAUGAAACUGAAUCUUCUAUGGAUGAAUUGACUGGUUUCUCUCCAGAAGAUACCUCUGGUUUCAUUGCUGUUCAAUCUAUCAGAAUUAAGAAAUAUGGUGAAGCCGCUAGAGAAAAAAACCAACCAUUAGACUUGUAAACAUGAAACAUAACUUUAACGAAAUAAUAUAUUUAACAAAAAUGAGUACUUUGCGAAUACUCAAUGUAUUUUAGCUAUUAUAUAAACAUAAAAUAUACUUAAUU